GUCGCCGGCCGAGAGAGAGAGAGAGAGAGAGAGAGGGAGGGGGGAGAGGGAGAGGAGAUGGAGGGGUGGGAUACGAAGACGAAGACGACGCUGACGAAGAUACCGCUGCUGACGGUGAAGGCGGGGCCGAGGGACGGGGCGGCGUGGACGGAGCGGCUGAAGGAGGAGUACAAGGCCCUCAUCGCCUACAUGACCAUGAACAAGUCCAACGACAACGACUGGUUCAGGAUCACCGGCAGCCCCGACGGAACUCGCUGGACCGGCAAGUGCUGGUACGUUCACAAUCUCCUCAAGUACGAGUUUGACCUCCAGUUUGACAUCCCCGUCACUUACCCAGCCACCGCCCCCGAGAUUGAGCUUCCCCAGCUCGACGGCAAAACUGCCAAGAUGUAUCGAGGAGGGAAGAUUUGUCUUACUGUGCAUUUCAAGCCGCUGUGGGCGAAAAAUUGCCCAAGGUUUGGAAUUGCGCAUGCUCUCUGCUUGGGUCUUGCUCCUUGGCUCGCAGCUGAGGUCCCUAACCUUGUUGAGACUGGCAUGGUAAAACACAAGGAUGAUACAGCUCCUUCCAUCGCUGCUUAGACUGUUGUAUUUCCCAAUUAGUCAUCUCAAUUUUUAUGUCAAAAAUUGAAUAAAACCAAUUUGGAUGCCAUCAUCAAACAGAUCCUCUAAUGUACCAUAAACAGUUUAAAUUUGGUAUGCUAUACUUAUGUUUAAGGCUUUCAUAGUUUCA